AUGCCACUCAACAAUUGCGACGAUUCCAUUCCCAGCCGUCAGAGUUCCACGUCAUCAAGACAUUUUGAACAUCGGCAGACGUCGCAUGAGAAUAUCAUCGACCUGCGAAAACAGGGCGAGAAAGAUGACUCUCUUCCGGCUUUGAUGAGCUCGUCYGCUCGCGUCUGCAAUCUUGAUCCUGGGACUGAACUACGACUCAUACUUCAAAGAGCACGGCAACCGCAUGUUAGUGGUAAAGCUGAUACUCUGCCUUUCAGAGAUGCCGACUCCCUCCGCAGUACCUUCAACAACAUGAAUCUCCCAUCAUCGUACUUGAAUAUCGCGGAUGGCUCCCUGGCAGUGUCUCGAGCUCAGAUAUUCCAUGAUCAAUCAGGAAAAAUAAUAAUUUCUUGCGAAAUGAUUGUAUACUUCGUCUCUAAACGAGGAGACUGGUCCUUGGCCCUUUCUCACAAUGCUUCGACAAAGGAUACUUCAAUAUUCUGCAGCUUGGACGAAGUGAUCGAUGGAAAACCGGUAGUUGAAGAUUUGAUUGCCAUGCAGGAUCUUUCUUUCCACCCUAUGCUCAUGCCCUGUAUUCUGUUCGAGAAUGUUGUGGUGGGCAUGGGCCUCAAGCGACGGCGAUCGAUCAAAAAGAAACUGCAGAUUCUGGAACAUGCCAUGUCCGGUAUUAGCAAAUCUGGUCUGGCGUCGAACGGAUCUGAAGAAUCAGAUGAAUACGGUGCUGCCGAGUGGACAAACCUAUACGAGCUACUGGAUAGCUGUAGGAAUGAUCAAGCGAGUCGAGAAGGCCGGUAUGAGUUCUGGGAAAGUUACAACGACAUGAUGCGGACAGGCUUUGAGUACAGCAGCGAGCUUCCAUUCAUCGUGGACGAUGAGACGCACCGCAAAGUACACUGCGAGCUCGAGCAGUGGAGCUCUUUGACAUGGCAGAAGUUGAAGAGUCUGAUUGCUCGUGACAAAGACCAUAUUAAUCGAGUGAAGAAUGCCUCUACACUACUAUACAAUUUGGCGCAACAGCGGGGUAUGCAUUUACAAUCCAAAAUUGCCAGAGCCGCUCAGCGAGAUAGCCAGGAUAUGAAGUUCAUUGCGGUAUUGGGAUCCAUCUUCUUGCCUGCCAGCUUAGUCGCGACUGUCUUGAAUGUUCCCGAGUUCCAAUUCCUUUCUGGCGCAAAACCUUUUGGAGCAUAUCUAGGCAUUACAGUGCCAAUGAUCAUUUUCAUUGUUGUGCUUUGCAUGAAUCGAUCUCUGCGAUCAGAUUGGAAGAUCAGAUCAGCUCCAAUCAAACGUAAACUGACCGCUGAUGACUUUUCUUGA